CAUAAAAUGGCUGGUAUUCAGCGAAAAAGCAAAGUGAAGCCAAUGUACAAAUUGAAAUGUGUCGUUGUUGGGGAUUUAGGAGUAGGAAAAACUACCCUGGUUAGAUCUUUUGCAGAAGAGGGUCAGAUCACGGGAGGGAAAACUCCUCCCAGAGGCAUGUGGAAAAAGGAGAUAAGCAUGGACUCUUGUGUUGUGUAUCUUUCUAUCUGGGACACUGCAGGUCAAGAAAGGUAUAGAAGUCUGACCGGGUCAUAUUACAGGGGAGCUCACUGCUGCAUGAUCGUGUUUGAUGUAAAUUCUUUAGAUUCGUUCCAGAAUGUACGAGAAUGGUAUGACAACAUUGAAGAGUAUGCAGAAAAUCCUAACGAAAUAAUCAAAAUGCUUGUCGGAACAAUACGAAAGCAGAAUAACAGGGCAGUAAGCUUAGAAAAGGCGGAGAGACUUGCCGAUCAUUUAGGUCUGUCAUACCAGGAAAUCAACUUUGAGAGUCAAAACAAUAUCAAGGACCUGUUUGAAACGUUAGCAGAUUUAACACUGGUGGUGUACAGAGAAAAUAAAAUCUAUCCAAACGUACCAGUGGUAUUGCUCCCCAAAAAGCAUCAAAAGGCCUCUUUUUGCUCCUGUUGA